CGUUCCAUACAUCAGAAAAUUAUAUAUGUAUCAUUUUUUAUAGUUUGUACUUUUACCUAUACGUUCUUAUAACCAUUCAAUUUGAAGAGUUUUGUCAGAGUAUUUCUAUAAACAUCUUGGCUUCAAGGAUGAAUUUAGUUGCAGCAGUAACUGUCGUAUUUAGAAUCAGAAUAAAUAUUCAAAGAUAUAGGUAACCUGAUAUUAUAACUGUCGAGACCGAUAGCGGGAUCUGGUGACAUAUUUCUAUUUUCUAUGAAUACUUCAAAUACCUGAUUAAUUUUUCGAUUUGGCAACGUAGCUGCCAAUUUCAUGUGACAGAUUCGAGGGUCUAUUCUACAUAUGUACCCAGAAAAAUAUAUGAGUAUUCACAACAGAAGAGUUAAGACUGAAUUAGAAAAAAUGGGACAAGAUGAUGAUAGGAUAUCAUUUGACUAUGAUGUCCAGCAUACAAUUGACGGGCAGUAUACUGAAGAUAUAAAGACCGAAGACGUUAAGACGGAAGAUAUAGAUAUUGUUGACCAGUACAUUGAUGAGAAUGGAAUAAGAUCGUCGAUUGGAUAUGAAACUGAAAUGAAGAGAGAUUGUAGUUUCAAUGAGAAAAUUACUUGUGAAAUUAAGCCAUUGGGUAGUAAACAUGACUCAUCUAAUAAAUAUAAAACUAGGAAUCAUAUGGAUGCUGCUCCUUCGAAUAAACAUGAACAAGAAUGUCUAGUAUGUGAGUAUUCAACAAAUGACAAGAUAAAUCUAAAACGGCAUUUUGAUGCUGUUCAUUUGAAUAAGCGAGAACAUUAUUGUAAGUUUUGUGAGUAUUCUGCUAAACAUAAGCAGGGACUUGAAAACCAUAUAAAGGCUGUUCAUUUGGAUAAACGAGAACAUAAAUGUCACCUGCGCAACUAUGCUUCAGCUUAUAAACAGAAUAUCAAAAAGCAUAUAGUUGCAGUUCAUUCAAAUAAACGAGAACAUAAAUGUGUGUUUUGUGAGUAUGCUGUUAAAAAAAAGAAAGUUCUUGAAAACCAUAUAAAGGCUGUUCAUUUGGAUAAACGAGAACAUAAAUGUCACCUGUGCAACUUCGCUUCAGCUUAUAAACGGAACCUCAAAAGGCAUAUAGUUGCAGUUCAUUCGAAUAAACGAGAACAUAAAUGUGUGUUUUGUGAGUAUGCUGCUAACGAAAAGAAACAUCUUGAAAACCAUAUAAAGGCUGUUCAUUUGAAUAAACGAGAACAUAAAUGUCACCUGUGCAACUAUGCUUCAGCUUAUAAACAGAACAUCAAAAAGCAUAUAGUUGCAGUUCAUUCGAAUAAACGAGAACAUAAAUGUGUGUUUUGUGAGUAUGCUGCUAAACAUAAGUCAGAACUGGAUACUCAUAUGAAGGCUGUUCAUUUGGGUAGACGAGAACAUAGAUGUCACAUGUGCAAUUUUGCUUCAGCUUAUAAACAGAACAUCAAAAAGCAUAUAGUUGCAGUUCAUUCGAAUAAACGAGAACAUAAAUGUGAGUUUUGUGAGUUUACAGCUAACCAGAAGGGAAGCCUUGAAAAUCAUAUAAAGGCUGUUCAUUUGGAUGACCGAGAAUAUAGAUGUCACCUAUGCAGCUUUAUUUCAGCUCAUAAAAAUAACAUCAAACAGCAUAUAGAUGCAGUUCAUUUGAAAAAACGAGAACAUAAAUGUGAAAUUUGUGAGUAUGCAGCUAACCAGAAGAAAGAUCUUGAAAUUCAUAUGAAGGCUGUUCAUUUGGAUAAACGAGAACAGAGAUGUCACAUGUGCAGCUUUGCUUCAGCUUAUAAAAAGAGCAUCAAAAGGCAUAUAGAUGAAGUUCAUUUGAAGUAUGAACGAAAAGGGAGGAGUCGAUAAAUAUAUGAAUGUUAUUCGCUUCAAUAAACGAGAAUGUGUUAACAUUUUUAACUCAUAUUCAUAAUCACACUCAUACUCGCAUACGAGUAUGAUUCAGUUAUAAAAAAAACCUAAAAAAGCAUAUAAAUACUAUUCAUUUGAAUGAAAAAAACUAAAAUAUCACGUAUACAAGUUCACUGUGUUUGGUAACAAAAUUGUCAUGGGAAAAUGAGUAACUACCUCUAGUGCCUGAUGAUGUUAUGACGAUUCAGAAUUGAAUAAUUUAAUCCUGAGGACAAAUGUAACUGAGGUACCUCUCAACAAUCAGAUUGUGAAUAUCAACGCUUGCAGAACAGAAUUAAUCAAUAUUCAUUUUAUCGAAUUAAUUAGUAAAAUUCUCAAAGAACCUAUUUUAAAUAUUGAUUUUUUUUAAAUUAAUUUCUGAACAACAAUUUCUUCAUAAUUAAUUCAUAAGCAGUAAUAUUCCUAAAUAAAGCUAUUUCAAAUAUUGAUUUUCAUUUUAAUUAAUUUAUGAACAACAAUUUCUUCAAAAUUAAUCUUAAGCAGUAAUCCAUAAGAAGUAAUAUCAUUGAAUAAACCUAUUUUAAAUAUA